CUAUCCUUGACGUCUUUCGGAGUUUGCACAGCUUCCCUAGCAACUGGUGGUUCUAUAACUUUCACCGCUAAUGUGUAAAAAGCAUGUAAAUAUCUCAGGAUGUAGGACAACAGACUGGAAGCACAAUGCCACGAUUUAUUUUUCCAAAGACUCGUCCCAACGACAAUACAGUAAGGUUCAAAUGCUCUCUACAAAACACUAUCCUAGAUGUUCUAAAAGCCAGACCAGGAUGGCAAGAAGUAUUAGGGGAGGGAGACUGGGAUUUUUACUGGUGUGAUGCCUGGUGGAUGAAGGAGUAUUUUGACCGGCUGUUCCUGGAAGACCAUGUGCGACUCAACCAUUUCAGGAACCACUUUGAGCUCACAAGAAAAAAUUUAAUGGUGAAAAAUUUGAAGCGUUUGAAAAGGCAGCUGGAAAGAGAACAGAAUAAAUUAGAUGCUCAGAAAUGUGAUUUCUACCCUUCGACAUAUGAGCUCCCGUCAGAGUACCACAUCUUUGUGGAGGAAUUCAGAAGGAGUCCAGGCACAGUCUGGAUCAUGAAGCCUGUGGCCAAAUCACAAGGGAAGGGCAUCUUUCUCUUCAGGAAACUUAAAGAUAUAACAGACUGGAAAAAGGGUCAGUAUAAUCCUCAAAUAGAUCCCAACAAGGAGGGUCCCGAGACGUAUGUGGUGCAGCGGUACAUAGAGCGACCUUACCUCAUCGGGGGAAGGAAAUUUGACAUUAGAGUCUACGUUCUUGUCCAAUCUUACUCACCUCUGAAGGCUUGGCUUUACAGAAGUGGAUUUGCCCGGUUUUCAAAUACUCGCUUCUCCCUGAACUCCAUAGAUGACACUUACAUUCACCUGACAAAUGUGGCUGUACAGAAGACAGCCCCAGACUAUGACCCUGAGAAGGGCUGUAAGUGGUCAGCCCAGCAACUCCGACAGUACCUCCGUGCUAAACACGGACUUGAGGCCGUGAAGAACUGUUUUAGACUGAUGGAUGAGAUAUUUAUCAUGAGUUUGCAGAGUGUGCAGAGAGUCAUGAUAAAUGACAAACACUGCUUUGAGCUAUAUGGCUACGACAUCCUCCUUGAUGAAGACUUAAAACCGUGGCUGAUUGAAAUCAACUCCUCGCCGUCUCUGACAGCCAGCAGCAAAGAUGAUUAUGACCUCAAGUUUGGUCUGCUCAAUGACGUUCUCAACGUUCUGGAUUUAGACAACAGGUUGACAGGCAGGGAGAAACGAGUGGGAGGGUUUGACCUGCUGUGGGAUGAGGGGCCAGUGUUUGUGGAUGAGGAGGAGUCUGAUGGCCUUAGCGUGCGCAGCUCAGACACCAACUCAUUCCUAGGUUCUUACAACAACAGGAAGGCCAGCUUAGAACAUGUUUUCAGGAUGGCACAGUUUAAGAAGUGUUAAUACCACAGGCUAAAACUGACGUUUGCUACAUGUACGUCCCUGCAGGGGUACGCGUUUUGUUGGAUCUAUGCAAUACUCCAUGUGGGGUUAUCCAACAAAUGUCAUCGCUCUAUACCAAAGACAUUCUUUUUGUGAUAGGAAGGAGACUUUAAGGCUGUUUAUGGUCAUGUUUACAUUUACUGUUUGCUUAUGAAUAACAAAAUAAUCCAACCCUUCUGGUUUCUGUCGACCCAGCACUAAUUCCAUGUAAGAUAACACCUUACUUUUUGUUUCUUGG